AUGCCGAACUACGCAUUUCACUGGGUCUUAUUCACGAGUUCGUGCCCAUUUGAUAGGCGUAAACCUAGUGAAAAGAAAGCAGCAGGUGUAAACCUAUGCCCGAAGGUGAGCCAAGAAAUGAGGGAAUUGCUGAAACAGGAGGAAGAAGAAGCACAAAGAAUCUUUGGUGGAAAUGCUAGGGCCAAAAAACUUCAAAGGCCAAAGGUUAUACAAGAUAAUGGGUCCUCUCCUGGUAUGAAGAAAACAAUUGCAAACAUUUUUCAAACCAAUGACAGGGAGGACCUGGACCAAAGGGUUGCCAGAUUCUUUUAUGGUAAUUGCAUUCCCUUCAAUGUUGCGAAGUCCCCUUUUUGGACAGAUAUGGUUACUGGCAUCAAUAAUGCACCAAAGGGGUACAAAGCCCCCAACUAUGAGAAGAUAAGAACUUCUUUGUUGGACAAAGAACAGAGCAAGGUGCAGCGUGCCCUUACCCCUAUAAUGCAAGAUUGGAGCACACAUGGAUUGUCUAUUGCUUCUGAUGGUUGGUCAAAUUUAAAGAACCAACAGUUGAUUAACACCAUGGCUGUGUCAAGUGGUAAAGCUGUUUUUGUAAAUGGGCAUGAUGUUUCUGGAAUAGAGAAAACUGGACUCAAUAUUGCUGAGUUCAUCUUCAAGGCCAUCGAUUUUGUUGGGCCCUCCAACGUGGUGCAGGUUAUCACUGAUAAUGCAUCCAAUUGCAAGGCUGCGGGGGCAAUAAUUCAAGACAAACAUGCACACAUCUUUUGGUUCGGUUGCUUAGCUCAUACAUUGAAUUUGUUGAUGAAAGAUAUUGGUAAGAGUUCUAAUCCAUCUCUAUCUUUCUUCAAUGAGAGAGCUAUAACAAAGGCAAAGCAGUGGUGA